AUGACGAUCGACCUGCUCGCGCCGAUGUUUGGACCGCAUCCCCAGCAACGCACGGAAAGGGGCGCCAAGCGGAGCAACAAGGCGCGGAUCAACUGGAAUGCUGUCAUCACAUACAUCGACGGGGUGCAACAAAAGGAGGCGGAGCACGCGGAACUGCGACGGCGGGAAGCGAAGCUACGAGCAGAGUUUGCGGAUCGAUUCCCGAGCGAUAUCUCACCAGUGUCAAAGUACGAGUCACCAGUCCGACACCGCAUCGAGCUCAAGCCGGGAGCGAAGAAGCCGAACUUGAAGGGUUAUCGCACACCGCACCGUUAUCGAACAGCAUGGAAAUGA